AUGGUGCCACCGAUAUGGAUUGAACAUACGACCUCACCCUUACCAAGGAAGGAUUUAUUUGUGCAUAGCAAAUUAAUUAUAGAAAAAUCUGAUGGGCUAUUUGGAAACAUAGAUAUAGACGGUUCCAAAAAUGCAGCCUUACCAAUUUUAGUUUCUUCUAUUCUUUGUUGUGGAACUUUAAGCUUAAAAAAUGUGCCUGACCUUUUAGAUGUUCACAACAUUGUAAAUCUUUUGCAAGAAUUGAAUAUCAAAGUUAAUAAAAAUGAAAAAUCUUUUCAGCUAGAUGCAACAAAUAUAAGUAGUUUUACAUCAAGCUAUGAGUUAGCUAGUAAAUUACGUGCAUCGGUCUUAGUGUUGGGCCCUCUAUUAGCAAGAUUUGGAAAGGCAAAGGUUCCUCUUCCAGGAGGGUGUAGCCUUGGAAUGAGACCCGUUGAUUUACAUAUUAAGUCGUUAUCGCAAAUGGGAGCUAAAAUUUUCAUGGAACACGGCUACAUAGUAGGUGAAGUUCCUUCUGAAAGAUUAAUAGGUACCGACAUAACUUUCGAAAUUGUAUCUGUUGGGGCAACUCAAAAUGCACUUAUGGCGGCAACGUUAGCAAAAGGACAUACUAAAAUCAUUAAUGCAGCAAAAGAGCCUGAAAUAGUAGAUUUAUGUCAUUGUUUGAGAAAAGCCGGCGCUAAAAUUGUAGGAGACGGAACAUCUGUUAUAGAAAUAGAAGGAGUAGAAAAACUUCAUUCUGCAGAGCAUACGAUUAUCCCAGAUAGAAUUGAAGCUGCAAGCUAUGCAAUUGCCACGCUUGCAACAAAUGGUAGUAUAAUUUUAAAUAAUAUCACUCCUAAUGUCUUUGGAACCUUUAAAGAUUAUUUAGAAAAAGCAGGUGCUAAAUUAACCUUCUUUGAUGAAAAAAACAGUGUAGAAAUUAGGUCAACAAAAAAUAUCAAUUCUAUAGAUGUAAAAACAGCUCCAUAUCCUGAUUUUCCAACAGAUAUACAAGCCCCUUGGAUGGUGCUUAUGUGCUUAGCUGUUGGAAAAUCUAUUAUAGAGGAAACAAUUUUUGAAAAUAGAUUCACUCAUGUACCAGAGUUAACAAAAAUGGGUGCUAAUAUAAAAGUAUUAAGUAAUCAUGAAGCUUUAGUGCAUGGCAUUAGUAAAUUUACAUCAGCACAAGUUAAAGCAACAGAUUUAAGGGCUGGUUUUGCCUUAAUCAUUGCUGCCUUAGUUGCUGAUGGAAUAAGUGAAAUUAGUCAUACAUAUCAUAUAGAUAGAGGAUAUGUAGAUGUAGUUGGAAAACUAACUAAACUAGGCGUUAAUAUAACAAAAAAAGGAGCUAUAUAA